UCCCUCAGCGGGGCCCCGCCUCCCUCCUCCUUUGCCUGGAGCGGCUUCUCCUCCCGUCUCGCUCAGCGGGGCGGCUGCGGGACCGGGCGCGGCGGCUGCGGGAUCGCUCUGCACCGAGCCGGGCUCUUCUGCCGCGACCAUCGUGGACCCCGUGGAUCUGCAGAUCCUGUGGCAGCAGGAGCAGGAGUGAGUGCAGGGCAACAGUUACCUGUGUUGCUGGCUGAGAUGUGGGAAUGUUGCCUCCAUCAGAAAGGCAGGAACCAACACCAUGAUAUUGCUGGUGAAAGCUGCCAUAUGCUUCUUCCCUCCGUUUGCACGUGCUUUGGAAUAGUGGGUGUUUCAAUCCUUGUAGGAGUUAAACCAACCUCCUGCAAACAUGGCAGACGAGGACCUUAUUUUUCGUAUGGAAGGGAUUGAUAAUGCCAGGACGACCACAGCGAACUCUGGGGAUUAUCUUGAUGCUGAUAGUGAUGAUGAAGACAAUUAUUUUAUCUGUCCAAUAACUGAUGAUCCAAUUUCUGACAAGUCUGCCAGUACCAAAGUAGACAAUUAUUACAGCAGCUUAGCAAAAAGUGAGCAGUACAGUUCAAGCUCUUCUCCUAGAAGCUUUAGCUUUAAGAAUGACACACAGCAUCGUUCUAAGCAUGGCUCUGUGGUUGACCAUGGUCGGGAAACCUGGAAACAUGCUAUUGAGAAAGCCAAGCACAUGCCUGAUCCAUGGGCAGAAUUUCACCUGGAGGAUGUUGAGACGGAACAUGCCACUCGUUACAGGUACAAUGCAGUUACUGGGGACUGGGUUGAAGACGAAGUCCUUAUCAAGAUGGCUGCACAACCUUUCGGCCGUGGAGCGAUGCGGGAGUGUUUCAGAACGAAAAAGCUGUCCAACUUCUUACACACACAGAACUGGAAAGGUGCCUAUAACUAUGUUGCCAAGCAAUACAUAGAGAGUGUGAGCAGGGAUGUGUAUUUUGAGGAUGUCCGACUGCAGAUGGAAGCAAAGCUCUGGGGAGAAGAGUACAACCGGCACAAGCCACCGAAACAGGUGGAUAUAGUACAGACCUGUAUUAUUGAAAUGAAGAAUAGACCUGGAAAACCUCUCUUUCAUCUGGAACAUUACAUUGAGGGCAAAUACAUCAAAUACAACUCCAAUUCUGGAUUUGUGCGGGACGACAACAUCCGUCUCACUCCGCAAGCCUUCAGUCACUUCACCUUUGAGCGCUCAGGACACCAACUCAUUGUUGUUGAUAUCCAGGGAGUUGGAGAUCUUUACACGGACCCUCAGAUCCAUACAGAGAAUGGUACAGACUUUGGAGAUGGCAACCUAGGUGUUCGAGGUAUGGCCUUGUUCUUUCAUUCUCAUUUCUGCAACAAGAUCUGCAAGAGCAUGGGACUUGCACCAUUUGAUCUUUCAUCCAAAGAGAAAAAUGCCUUGGAUUAUAAUAAAAAAUUGCUUGAAUCUGCUCAGACCAUCCUCCGUGGCACCGAGGAGAAGUGCGGCAGCAGCCGGGUGAGGACGGUGUCCGGCAGUCGGCCCCCUCUGCUCUUCCGCCUGUCCGAGAACUCGGGGGAUGAAAGCAUGAGCGACGUGGCCUUUGACUCCCUGCCCUGCUCCCCUUCCUCAGCAACCCCUCACAGCCACAAGGUGGACAUGCUUAAUUGGCCUGUGUUCAAUGAAGUAGAUAACUUGGUUCACAAAGACUAUGAUCAGCUUGAUAACCAAAGGGAUUUUGAAAAUGGUGGAGACAGUGGAUACCCCAGUGAAAAGAGAAGUGAGAUGGAAGAUCUGGAUCAUAGAGAAAGGGGCCAUUCAAACAACAUCCGGAGACAGGAGUCUGAUGAAGACAGUUUGGGAAGCUCUGCAAGGAUCAGUGUGGAGAAAUGGAAUUUGUACAACUCUUCCAGAGUUCAUGUCCACAGACCAUCCUGUGUUGCCCAAGAAAUUCAGAGGCUCAAUGCACUAGAACUUGAAAAGAAAAUUGGGAAGUCAGUCCUUGGAAAGGUUCACUUGGCCAUGGUUCGCUACCACGAAGCCGGGCGUUUCUGCGGGAAGGACAAGGAGUGGGAUCAGGAGUCGGCCCUGUUUCACCUGGAACAUGCUGCAGACUGUGGGGAGCUGGAAGCCAUCGUUGGGUUAGGACUCAUGUGCUUUCAGCUGCCACAUCACAUUCUUUCUGAGGUCACUGUGGAGGACACAAAGGAGAACAGAAAUAAAGGAUUUAAUUACUUGCUGAGAGCAGCAGAAGCUGGAGACCGGCCUUCCAUGAUUCUGAUAGCAAGAGCAUAUGAUACAGGUGUAAAUCUUGCUGCAGACAGAGCCCAGGACUGGAAGGAGGCCCUGCACUGGUACAACGCUGCGCUGAACAUGACUGACUACGAUGAGGGAGGGGAGUAUGAUGGCACUCAGGAUGAGCCCCGCUAUCUGCUCCUGGCCAGGGAAGCAGAGAUGUUAAUGACGGGAGGGUUUCACCUGGAUAAGGAUCCACAGAGAUCAGGUGAGCUUUACACAGAAGCAGCAGAAGCAGCAAUGGAAGCCAUGAAAGGCAGACUGGCAAAUCAGUACUACCAAAAAGCAGAAGAGGCUUGGGCGAUGAUGGAAGAAUGAUGCUGAAAUUAAGCAGUUCUUGUAUAUAAAUUUUUUAUAGACUUGCUGCAUUUGCAGCUAAAAAGCUAUAUUUUUAUGUGAUGUUACCAGUUCCUUUUUUUGUAUUUCAGUUUUCUAAGGUUUUUUGAGGGGAGAAAUUAAAAUGUAACUAUGUAGAGUGCCAUAGCAUACUUCUGUUAGUGUUUUAAAGCUGUAAUACAGACACACUUGACCUUUUGUACUUUUUUAACUGUUAGAGGGCUUAGUUUUUUUGAUCAGAAAAAUGAAGCCUUAUUGUUUAGGUUUCACAUGUCCUGUUUUUUUUCCAGCAAAUGAUCAAUGUGUUUACAUUUUUCUUCUCCUCCCCAUGCACAGAAAAACAUUUUCCUAAAUUCUCAGCGUUUCUUCAUCAUUUUUGGUGUAACUCACCAAAUUUGCAUGAGUGUAAAUUUUCAGUUUAUGGAUGCAACUACUGAUAUUAAUAAGUAAUCCCAUUCUAGUAUGCUGGCAUUGUUGGACACUUCUCUUAUUCUCAGAUGAAUUCCAGAUAGAAUCCUUACAGUUUGGGGAGGGGCGGGAAAGAUGCUUCAGGUUGGCAAUGAGGAUGUUCAGGAUGGAAUGUUUUAUUCAUCACCAACACUGCAUAUCACACCAUUAGAAAAUCAUUCCUGAUGAGGCAAGGCAUCCAGCUACCUCUCUCAUUUUCACAUUUUGCACCAUAUAAUAGCUUAGUUGUAUAAAAUUCUAUUGAUCUUACAUUUGUCCAAUGAUGUACAGUAGCAAGAUCUGUAAUAUAUGGGUAAUUUGAAGUUAUUUUUACAGUGGCAUCUCAAUUCUCAGUGAAGCUAGAUCAUCUCACUUAAAAGGAGAAUAUGCUUUCCACCAUUUCCAGAGGGAUGUUUGAAAAGGUUAGAAGAUGUUAAUUUGCCUUUUAUAUGUACAGAAAACAAUUUAUAUGGUUUAAAUAUAUUUUAAAAUGGUAUUUUAUCUGAAAAUGGUUUCAAAUGUCAGUUAGAGGAAAAUUGCUGGUUAAAAGGGGAGAACAGUAUCAUCCCCAAACACUUGUAUCUUUGUCUGUUUGGUCCUGACCAGUAAUGGGAGGACAACUACGUGGUGCUGGUUGAAUUAUCAUUGCAUAGAGAGACGUUUCUUCCAAAUCUGGUAUUUUAUUCCAUCUCUGUGGAUAGUACAGAAGCUGUUCCUAUUCCUUGGCUGUGGUUAACAGUAAUUUUGCAGGAGAUUUAAGGUGGAAGCUUCUGCUUUCUUGGCCUUACAGUCUCCUGAGGGUGUAAAUUGAUGUCCAUAAGGGGCAGCCCCUGUCAAAUGCUGAAUAACCGAGAGUGCUCGCCGCUCCAGCCAAGCUGUUAAAAACAUGCUUAAAGCUAAGCAGGCUGUGAGAUGGUGCAGUUGAACAGGAUUUCUUUCAUGCAUAGUCCAGUAAUAUUAAUUUCUUGUAAAAUGCAGAAACUGCUCAAGGAGCAGAAGUCAGUCCUCCCUUUCCUGUGCAGUGCCAGCCGCUGGGCUCAGGUUGUGCUCCCCGUUUUCUCUUUCUGGCAAGUGGAUCUUGAAUUACUGUCCAGACAAUAUCCAAGGAUGAUGUUAAUAACAACUGCCACUGUCUGAAAGAUCUCCUGCUCGUUAAGGGUGUGAGAUAACAAGAUUUGGACCCUUUCAAGGAGAGAAGGGAGCUAUCUUUGGAUGUUGUGCUUCUGGGUGGGUGCAGUAACCACCAGGCAGUUGUAGCCAUGAGUAGUCUUGCAACACAUGGCAACAUCUUGCUGUACAUUGCAGGGCUUGUGGGACAGUAGUGCCCACGGCCUUUUUAGUUUGUUUUUGUUUUGAGAGUGAAGGCAAAGCUCUUCACCCACUGAUGGAGAAGUAUCUAAUUUCUAGAUCUCAGUUGGUCUUUGGUGGUAUUUAACCAAGGUACUAAAGCAACCAGAUCUUUGGACCUAAUAUUUUUUGGACCUAAGAUGGUGAAAAAGAACCAGAGUUUGUAGGAUUGCAAAUCAGAUGAAUGUUUUAAGUGCCUAUCCAAAGUUCUGCUUCAGACACCUAAAGCCUCUUUGGGACAUGGCCUUUUUUGCUAUUUCAGUUCAUAGCAUUAAAAUUCCAGCUGUGACCUUGAAAGACAGCUGAAUAGUCUGUGUUUUGUGCAGAACCAAUACAGUGUAGGCACUAUAAUGAAUUCAGACAAAAGGAUUUGUUUUCCUCAUAAGGUGUUGAUGCCAAGUCUUUGAGAUUUUCCUUGACAAGGAAACGUGUGACAACACCACCAACCAUGUAGGGAGGAGAGGAGACUAAAAGUGCCCCUCUAAAAUGUGUAUGUAAAGGAUGUAGAGUGUAAUUAUUGACACAUUUUGGUGUAGUUUAAUUUGCUAAAUUCAGUAGUUGCUAAAGUUGCUGACAGCUCUGUGUAGAUCUGGUAUGUAAAUGUGCACACAACUCAGUGAAAAAAUUACUAUGAUUAAAUCUUUGUUUGCAAAUACUACUUUUUAGUGAUGAAGACUUCCUUCUGUCCUAAGAUGGUGUCAUAUGAUUUAGCCAUACAAUAAAUGGGAGUGUCAAUAAUAUGAAAAUUUUUUAUGUUUACAGAAAUAACUGUAUUCUGUGACAUUUUUGAAGGGAAAAACUAUAUAUUUGACAGACUUUUGCAGUGAUAUUGCUACAUGCUGUAUUUUUAAUCUAUUCACAAUGAAUAAAAAUCUGUAUUUGUACAAAAUGUGAAAAUAAAUCUGAGGCUCAGCCUCCCAGAACUUACCCGGGUCUAGUGUUUCCAGAUGUCAGUGGGAAUAUUGCUUGGGUAAGGACAGUGAGAUGGAAGCCUUUGUGUGUCAGACAUGCAAAUACUGCCUGCCUGCAUCACUUAGUCCUCUCAUUCACUUUGUCUGGUUUCAUUCUGGCUGGUCAAUAAAAUUGUUCUUUUUGUCACUUUU